AUGCUCCUAAAGCUUCAACAAAAGAUGGAUGAAGCCACUUCUAAGCUACAAGCUUCAGGAUCAUCAGCUUCCGCUUCACCUGGUCUUCAUAAUGUCCCCCUACAAAUGCAACAACUUCUCAUGAAAACUCCGAAUGCCCACCAUCCUAGUACAGCGACGUCGCAGAUUCACGAUGAGCUUGACAAGGUGUUUGCUCCUGAAGAAGUUGGACACAAGUGCGACUUAUGCCAGAGAGAUCUAGCCUCGGAUCCAGAACGGCCUGGAUCUCAGUUGAGGAGGUUAGAAGAGGCGUGCGUGCUGGCUUGUGGUCAUGUCUACCACUUCAAGUGCUUGAGAGGCACCACUCCUGAUCUUGACAACCGUUCAUCUAAUCCUCCCUGCAUCUUCUGCAUCAGCAGCUCCAACUGA